UUCAUUUGACGUUUGUAUUGUCAACUUUGUGGUGGGCAAAUUAACAUUAUUUAUUAAAUUUAAAACUUUUUAAAAAACUUCAAAUUAUUACUCUACAAGUCUACAAUCUACAUUAGUACAUUACCUGCUAAAUAGAAAAUUAAUGUUAUAGCAGUUAGACAUCAACAUUUAAUUCGUGAUACUCGUUGAUAAACAUAAAUAAAAACAAAAUAACAAACAAAGUGCUGUUAAAAUUAACCUUGCUGUAACAAACAAGAUGUCCAUGCCCAUGGACACCUCCACGUCUGUUCAAGAAACCGCACAGAUGCAAGAAACAUGUAAUGCUACUAACGAUAAAAUUAAAACUGGCGCAGAAACUCCCGCAAUGGAGACGGUGCAUAACGAGUUUGCCGAGACACAAUCACAAAACACCCAGGAUUCGAAAGGUCGUAACUCUGUUUGUGAUCCUAUGAGUGUUUGUGGUCCGUAUUCCAACUGCCCGUGUUCUUUGCAUAGCAAGGCCAACGAAAGUGAGAACGAAGAUGUUGAUCUGCCAUUGAGGAGAGCAAGUCUGAUAGGAUUGGAGGAAGAUUGUGAAGAUGAUCCUAAUGUCAUGGUUGUCAAAUCUGAGACUGUUGAAAUAUUGUCCCUAAGUAAAGAGAAAGUAAAAGCUGCAGUAAAAUCCACAGUAGAUGAAGAUAACAGUAAUACAUCAAGAUUGUCACAAACUGCUGAAAAUGUUAUAGUUAAUUACCAUAGACCAACAUCAUAUCAAGUGCAAGUCACAUCCACAAUUGGGGAAGAAAACGGUUGUACAUCAACUUCCAUCCAUUCUCUGUCACAAAAUGUUGUAAAUGAUGUUGUUGUAGUAAAUGAUGGUGCUGAAGAUAAAGGUCCAAAGCCUAAUGAAGUGAAUGAUAGAAGCAAACUUACAGUAACAUACACAGUAGAGGAAGAAAGUAAUGCAUCAAGCUCUGCCCAAUCUCUAUCACAACCUAUUGAAGUUGAUGCAGAUAAUGAAUAUAAUCUUUUUGCUGAAGAUGUAGGCCCAAAGAUUUAUCAAGUGAAAGGUAAUAUAGUAACACCACCAAUAAUAACAAAGAAUUUAACUGAAGCGUUCAAGUUUUUACCCAUUUUUGGGACGCCCAAAAACACAGCCGACCUGGACGAGUUUCAGACUGCCAAAGUUAGGGAGUAUGUGGGUUGUGAUCUCAGUGAUGAAGACUUCAGCAAACUUGCUAAAUUUUGCAGUCCACACCAUUUAAAAACGGGCAAUGAGUUGAAAAUGUCAAGCCGCAACCCCACGCAGGAGCCGCUGCCGGACCACAUCAUCAGCACGCUGGAGGCGGCCGACUUCGACGGCAACCUCAGGCUUGUGAAGAAGCUCAAACUCAGAGUGGACAAGGACGACCGCCACCUGUACGCCAAGAGGUUGAAGUAUAGAGGGAUGAAGUUGCUGCCUCUGCCACAGAACGAAGACUACAAGAUAUCAUUAUCACCCCUGGAGCCCGGCAAGGACCUGGUGUUUCGCGUGCGCGUGUACCGACCCUUCUACUGCAGCAACAGAGAUAGGCAUAACACACGCCAUUCGGUGUUCAGCAACGACAUAGUGCUGCUGGGGCGGCAGAAGCUGACGGCGCUGCGCGACCGCCUCGUGUGCCCCAACGACCUGAGCAUGCGCGUCGACGUGUCGCAGAACCCCGAAGACCAGCCCGAAACCACGGCCAAGGAUUUAUUUCCAUCUGGGUUCCUGUUCAUAAACAACGUGUUCUACGUGGACACGCGCGAGGGCUGCAAGGACCUCUCCGCGCCCAUCCGCCAGUGGGCGCGGCAGCGCAAGCUGGGCGACUUCCCGCAUCACGACAUGGUGCAGGUGUCCCUCGACCAGCUGCUCGUCAAGCUGGGCCAUCCUGAGGUAUAUGUCCAUCAGGGCAACUGCGAGCAUCUGUUCACGUUCUCCGAAGUCCGGCUGCUGAACGCGACGGACCCGCUGCGCCAGUCCGUGUACCCCUUCCACACGGCCAUAUCGCAGAACCAGACCAUAUACUGCACCACGUGCACGGAGUUGGGGGCCAAAUGGAUCGUCACAGGGUGCUCCAGGGUGCCGUUCGACCCCGCGUUCUUCUGCGAGUCGUGCUUCAAGCUGUACCUGUACAAGGACGGCAAGAAAGUGUGCAACUUCCAAGCGUAUUGCUACAGGGGCAACGAGAUUAACUUGUUGAAGCCGAUUUCAUGAGACACAGAAGAUACCUCAUAAUUACUACUAGUUGGUAUUAGCUGACGUCGCGCGGUUCCACCCGCGUAGUUCCCGUUCCCGUAGGAUAGGCUUCCUCGAUUAAUGGGCUAUCAGGGCCCCCGUAAGGACUACUGGCGCCUGUGUGCGAAAAAUAAUUUUGGCGCUUCUUAUGGCGUUUUGAAUUCUCUUUUUUUAACCGACUUCAAAAAAAAUGAGGAGGUUCUCAAUUCGAUGCGUUUUUGACAAAAUUUUGAGUUUUUUUUUUUCAAUGUUUGUUACCUCAUAUCUCCGUUUAUCUCUUAAUGAAUUUAAAAAAUUCUGUUUUUGUUCGAAAGAGAUUGAUAUUUUAUAAUAUUUAGAUGUAUUGAUUUUUUGACGGCCUCCGUGGCGCAGUGGUAUGCGCGGUGGAUUUACAAGACGGAGGUCCUGGGUUCGAUCCCCGGCUGGAUUUUCAUCCUCCUCCUAACAAGUUAGCCCGCUUACAUCUUAGACUGCAUCAUCACUUACCAUCAGGUGAGAUUGUAGUCAAGGGCUUACUUGUAAAGAAUAAAAAAAAGAUUAAUUAUUUUUGUAUUUUUUUUUGCAAACUUUGGGCACUAAUGGAUGGCGCAUGUGUGCAUUGCACACUUUGCACAUAUGGUAGCGGUACCCCUGUGGGCUAUCUAACAUUGAAAGUAUUUUUUAAAUCGGACCAGUAGUUCCUGAGAUCAAUGAGUUCAAUCAAACAAACAAACAAACUCUCCAGCUUUAUAAUAUUAGUAUAGAUUUGAUUGUCGACGACUGCUUUAGCGCAUUUGUUGCUGUAUAGUGUUCUAGGUACAAAACUGCCUAUAAAAUGUCACUUUUGGGUUAAUAGCUAACGCUACAAAUGUAAAAAGACAUUAUUUUUGUGUAUUUUUUGUAAUUAUUAAGUGGCUGUUAUUAUUAUUAAGGUUAUUUUGAUUAAGAAUACAAAUAAUUGUCUGUUUCUCAUAUCUGUGAUUGAUAAAAUAAAUGACUAUUAACCAGUGA